AUGGUGCAGUGUCUCGAGGCAGUCUGGUGUACCAUCUUGGAGACCUUUCAGCAUUUGACUGCCUUUUCAAACGCCAAAGCCAGGGCAGGCCUUCCCCCAACACCGACGGGUGUGAAUUCCAACGCUUGCCAGGGUGUCAAUGUGAUCGAUCCUUCAUUCUCAUAUGAAGAGGAGCGAAGCACUCUGAGCCCUGAGCUUGCGACAAUACUGACUGAGCUGCAGGCUGCAGUCAAGGCCAGGGAUCAAGAGCCCAGCAGUCUGACUCAAGCGGAGGUUGUCAGGCUCAAAAGCUUGUAUCACGAUCAGGUAGCCAAGCUUGUGCAGGCUGCAGGGUUCACAGCGCGAGGCAAGGAGAUAUGUCCAGGUUACUGGGAGCUCACAAACUUCUUCAAGCUCGACCUCGACACGGAAGGCGUAGAGUCGCUGCGAAGCCAUCCGCAAGUCACAUGGCCUCACAAGGACGUCUGUCUGGUGCCUGUCAGCAUGAUGUUUGCGCCUUCCGCGCCUUUCGACGUGGAGAAGGACAUGUGUGCUCGCCACGGGCUGAGGAUGCAGAUCCUCUUCCAAGGCUUCCACCUUGUUGUCUACAGAAAGCAGAACAUCUUACGACUCCGCGCUGGUGCAUUGAGGACCUGGGACCCGUCAUUCUCUUAUGAAGAAGAGCGAAGCACUCUGAACCCCAAGCUUACAACAAUACUGACCAAGCUGCAGGCCACAGUCAAGGCCAGGGAUCAAGAGCCUGACAGCCUGGCUCAAGCCAAGGUCAUCAGACUCAAAAGCUUGUACCAUGAUCAGGUAGCCAAGCUUGUGCAAGCUGCUGUGUGCUCACCACGGGCUGAGGAUGCAGAUCCUCUUCCAAGGCUUCCACCUUCGUCUCUGGAACGGAGGACAUCUUACGACUCCGCGCUGGUGCAUUGA